AUGACCAAGUUGAAGGCGGUCAUCGAGCUUCUGAAAAGCUCCAAAGUAAAGGAACGACAAGAAGGAAUUAUUUCUCUCAAAGAAGCUUUUUCACGCGAUGAUGCUGUCCUCAAUCUCGAGGAGGGACGUGCUUGGCUUGUCGUGUAUCAGGCCCUCUUCACAGCAGUUACUAGCGAAAGGGCAGAAUGCGACAAGAAAGCCACGUCAAGCAAGAAUGCAUCCACAGGUGCUGCUGCCUUGCGCAGACUUGGAGAUGCCACCACCACCGUUCGUUGGCUAGUAGAGAGAAGCAACUGCAGGCUUACUGCCAAAGUCCUGAGAUCCCUCCUGGCUCAUCUCUUACAGAUGAUGGUUCACCAUGGACAGCUGUAUGCUCCGCUCGCUCUUGACUACCUUAAGACCAUCAAGCUACUUCUCAGCUGGAUGCCACACAUGGACCACAUCGACGCAGCCACAUGGAUCAGCAUAGCUGAAUUGGCUUUUAACAUCAUUUUAGACGAUCCAAUAAAGAGAAAGUUCGACGAUGUUACUGGAGAGAGUAAUGAUGAGAGCAUGCAGGCCGACCUUUCCUCCAUGUACCAAGAUGACUCUGACGAGGGCGAUGAUCACGAGCCCUCUACAUCAACACAAAAGCGCAAGCGCAAGGCAAGGGAACACAGUUCCACGCCUGCCCCCGGUACCAUACAUCCUACGAGGUUGCUUAAGGCCUCUGCACACCAUUCGGUUUCCUUGGAGCAAGUCGAAUGUGCUUCCCUACUUGCCCUUCUGUUCCGCUCUCCUACAGCUCCCUUUCUCUCGGAGGAUGUGCCAAACCUAUCGUCUGCUAUCCUGGCCCGCAUGACACGAUUCUUAGAAUGCUACCCCGGUGACGCAUCCCUUCACCACGACUACCUUCUUGCCCUGCAGCCAGUAUUGUCUCAUCUUUGCCUGAAUCGGACAAAGGACGUUCAAAACUUCGCUCAUUCAACAUGGAAUCAACUGGUAGGACUGUGGGGUACCAAGAACAAACGCAUGAAGGAAGGUCUGGUUGGCAUUUUGAGAACGUUAUUUCCGUUCUUAACAGCUGCACAUGGCGACCUUCCUAAGUACGCUUGGGCUGAUGGAGUGUACAAACUUUGGACCCUCCUGAGCGGUGAGGCUGAGAGUCGAUGGGGUCUUGAUAGUCUCUCUCUCGACUCGUUGAGGCUCGAGGUGCUGGUGCUCCCCUCCAACACCGAGAACUACGGACGUGGGGCGUUUGUUGCCCACACAUUCAGGACCGGAUGGCAUUUUGAUUCUUCUCAAGCCCUCGCGUGGGCUUUAAUGGAACUACAAGCUGAUUGUGCGGAGAAGCUCUUCGAUCACUCCGAGUGGAAGCAUGCUGAUACUUCGGACGGUGAAGGAAAGCCAGGAAAGCGUGCCAAGCGUGAAAACCCUAUAGUAUCUCUUCUUCAUUCCAUACAGUCGACAACCACUUCCGGCGUUCGGACGUAUCAUCUCCAAGUUCUCCUAUUUUUCAUUGAUCGGCACUGGUCAUGCCUGCACAAGCAUAAUAAACUCCAAGAGAAUGUAAUGAACACCCUGCUGCGAUUUGUCUCCGUCGAUGAUCCCAUCAUCCAAUCCUGGACUUUCCUAUGCUUCGCCGCAAUUGCACAUUCAGAUGGCCUUCUCAGUUCACGUGUAACCCAGUCACCAUCAGUUGCCACACGGACCGCAGUUGUCGUCCGUGACUCCGCUGUUUGGGAUCCUGUGUGGACUCAUGCCAUGCGCAGAGCCAACGUACCUGUAGUUUGCAGGGCGGCAUGUCAUACCGCAUACACACUUAUCCUCCACUCCAAGCCCCUAUUAACAUCUCAGCGAGUUCUGAUCGAAAUCGAGACCUUAGCGAAGGAUCUGGAUCUGCAGGGCCCUGCAUUUCCAUAUGAUUCUGUGUGUAUGUUCCUGGCGCAAUGUUUGCAUGUCGCAAGCCAAGAUGUGAGGCUGUACAGGAUGCAGUUGGAGGAGAAGGUCCUUAGUUGGCUUCUUGAUAGUUGGAGAAUUGGUGCUGGACAAGCGGUGAAGGAUAUCAGUGGAAAAUCCCAGAUGCCACUUCAUACCAUUGGUGACAUUCUUGGAUUGCUAGAGAGCAUAUGUGGAACGUCGAAGCGAAGCGAUCUUCUUUGCCGCGUGUUACUUCCCGAUUGUGCGAUCGUAGAGCUCAUGGAGGAAGAGCGGAAGACCAAGGUUAUCCGCGAUUUCCUGCUUGAUGCUCAACUUCCCUCCUUCCGCAAGGACGCUGUAUCUGCAGGCUCAGGCUGCGACGAACUUACACACAGCUCUGUUAAUGGCGAGUUGACUGUUGACUCUGAGCUCGUUCAGCCUCGAGGGCGCGAACGUCGAGUGACAUCGUCUCUGCUCAAAGCGAUGGAAUCUCUCACUGUCGAGUGGGACAUGUUCAAGGAAACCAACGCCCACCCCACUGCCGAAAAGCUCCGUCAAUCACUCGAUGCUGUUGUGACCGCCUUUGCGUUUGAGACCCUACUUGUAUGGAACGGAAUGCAGUGUAAUCGACGUGUUCUGCAAUCCGCUGGUCGAGUAAUAUCACUUCUUGCACCAUUCCUAACAGAUGCACGCUGGACAAUAGAUGAACGCGUGCUAAUAUUCCAUGGCCUGGAGCCUCUGGUGAUGAAUGGAGAGGAGCGUAGUACGAACGAGGAGUGGGAAGCUAUGCUUGGCCCGGAUCUUGGCUCUGGCAUUAGAUCGCAUACGCUCAAGGGCCUGAAACGGAAUCUCUCUGAGAGGACGUCACUCUCACACAGUUCGACGACUAUUUCAGCGUGUCUUUUGGGCAAAUGCAGACGUGGGUUCUCGUUGCGCCACAGACCAGUGUUCAACGUAUUGACAAAUCUUCAGAUUCAAGAUGCAUUCUCCGCGGUUUCUGAAGCCCUUCGGGAAUCUCUUCGCACCAUGACAGGCCAACUUCGCCAAGGAGCACAAGAUGUCCAUUCUCUAGAUGCGGACGGAUUUGGCGAUAUCAUGACAACUCACACAGGACCACCAACACAAGAGGAUGCUUCUCAUGAUGGCAUCACCGCCGCGAACCAGUACCUUGCUGACCUGUGUAUCACAUUCCUCGCGACGACUCCUGUCCUUCGAUCUUCGUCUGCGGAAGUUUUGCGCGACAGAGAGCUGACAAAGCUGAUACUCCAUUGUCCCGCAGAAAGGCUGCUUUUGAUAGGCAAUGCAGUCCUAGGAUCAGUCCGACGGCGGAUUUGGAGUCUUGAUAUCGAUGUCCUCAACGCGCUCCUUGACAAACUCGAAGACCUCCUUCGAUUGCACACUCAUGGUCGCAACGUUGAUCUGCAGCUUAUGGUUGUUGAUUUACUGGACUCCACUUCGCAUUUCUGGCUCCAGAAGUCAAAUGUGGACAGUGAUGUCGCAGAUCAUAUCCGCGAGUUAUGCGGUUGGCUCAGUCAUAACAUGAUACAGAAGAAAUUCGUUUCGUGGAAAAUGCGCGAUUUCGUUUCCCAAUUUUUCGCUAGGUACAUUGCCCAAGAUCCUUCCGAGUCCUUUUGGCCAACAGUAUGCCAAAAGAAACCCGUAGAGCGACCCUCUACCAUUAUCCCAAUGCUGAACAUGGAUCAGGAUAUCCGCGUACGCUUCCGGGCUGCAGUCGUCAAUGCUCGUCUCUUCACCCUGGCUCGCUUUGCCGGUCAGGACUCCCUUGAUAUAUACAAUAUCGUUAAAGAGGGGUUGACAAAGGAUCUCUCCAAUUACGAGAAAAUGCUCACUCGUACUUUGUGCCUUGGCAAUAUCAUGGUCGUGAGUUCCGCUGUGAGGCGGGGACCCUACUGGCACUUGAUCGAAGCGGCCUUUCAUAGCUCACAUUACGCAAAGCACAUCCAAGCGACUCUGACUGGCGUUUCUGAGAGACUUGGACUCCCUAAAUUGUCAGACCUCUUCGAAGCAUACGCUUCACAGAUUGCGUACUCCAUUCGACAGGCUUUUCAGGAUGUGUGUGGUCUUCCUCCUGAACUCCUUGGCUACCGGGAUCGAAAGGAAUGUGCAGAAGCAACCUUUCGUCUUUUCACGCCGACCAAUGUCAUGGCAGGCGGAAAUUCAGAAGCGGUGGAACACGGCCGCCGACUAUUCCUGGCUCACUGCGCCGCAGUUCAAAAGACCGCUGCUGAUGGCUUGCAGGAAUGCUUGGGUGAUCUCAUCGGAUUCCAACUUGUGUUUUGGCUGGAUGAUGGGCGAGUUGAUUAUAACACACCACCGGAGAAGUUGAAAAAGAUGUUGAAAGACAAGGGCGUCGACCUUAGCCAAGAGCAGAGUUUCAACGAGAGUGUAGAGCAAAAUGCAGCGAGCAUUGCAGCGGCAGUGGUUCGGUCCCUAGGUGACCAGGACUUCUCCGCUGAUGGCCCGAUCAUGCAAGCAAUCAAGACGCAUGAUUCGAGUCACUCUGCUCAGGUUUUCAAGGCUCUGUCCAAGUACCGAACCUUGGAUGACUUCAACCUCCACAGCCCAAAUCUUCCUGCGUUUGGCUCAUCCACUGUCCUACGAGCUCUCAAUUGGUGUAUUUCUCUCGCGGUCCGCAAUCACGUCAAAGCCAUAUCCUAUCAUGUCCUCCAUCAGCUUUUCUCCGAAGUCCAGAGAUCACCACUAGUCAAUGAGCAGAUCCGCUUGCUGAACGGCAUUUCUCUUCUAGUAGCGGUCCGUCAUGAGGACUUCCAAGAACCUACAUUACUCCAUACUUUGAUUCAUGAAGCAACUUCUCUUCUCGCUCAGGUGGACCUCGUACAGGCGGCUCGCUCUUUCCUCGAAUGGGGCUUUACCAUGUAUCUUUUGACGUCUCAGGUGGAUCCAAGGUUUCCUGAUGUGCUCAUUCGAGUGUGCGCUCAGGCUCAUGAUUAUUCACUGGUCACCGAUGACGUUCAAAUUGCGAACAUAGGCAAGGGCCUGUUACAUUGGAUCGACAGGCAAGCUCUCGAACUUUGCCGAAGUUCCAAAAUCAGGUCGCAGGUCAUGAACGCCCUGUCAGCUUGGCCACAUCAGCCCUCAUCUGAACUGUUGUCAGUUUAUGAGGAUAUCACUGCAGAUGGUCUUUCGAUGAUUUUGAGUGACUUUCGCAUUGCGUCCAACAAGUUUCGCCUUGUCAGGCGGCUCAGAGACCUCGCAGAGCAGCACGUCUAUGAUCGAGCGCAGUUCGCCAAGACAGAUUUCUGGCGUCUUAAAGAUUUCAUUCCUACCAGGGACCAGCUCCAAACUGACGACGUGGAUGCAUUCGCUUCUUUAUUGAUCGCGAAUAAUGGGAACAUCUACAGCUUCGGGAGUGAACAGCCCUUUCUGCAGACGUUGCGGGGGCGACAUCGGCGCAGUGCAAAAAAGUUACAGAUGGAAUCUUCACCUCAGCGGGUGAUCAUUCAAACGCUGCUCGCUAUGGUGGAUGGAAACUCACCACAAGAAGUCAGUCUCGCUUACUCCACUCUUCGAUCCGUUGUGUCAGCUUCUUCAUCGGAUAUGCUCCUCCUCCAAUCUUGGCCUGUCGAGUCGAGAGCUGCUUUGGAAUAUCUCCAACAAUAUCCUAUCAAAGCGAGGUCACGGCAUGUCCGCGGCAUUGACGAGCUGGAGGCGACGGUCAAGUGUCAUCUGGAGUCUGAAUUCCAAAAAUGGAUCAGCGAGCUGGCCAUCUUGCUGAGCGACGUGCUUAGCGCUGUGGACCCAUUUUACGCACAAUUCUCAACGUUUUUGGGGCGCGAUGUUUCUUUUGCCGAUGAAAUGCUUCCCGUAUUGGUACACACUUUGCUGCAGGACGAACUUGAUCAGCCAAAAUCAGCGGACGCGCCCUCGAAAUCUCGUCUAUCAGAAUAUUUCAGCUCCAUACUUGUGUUGGAGAACGUCCAUUUGUCCUGCUUAAGGUCUAUUGUCGGCGUCGUGCUUCACCUUCGCAACUUUUGCCCGAAAGGCUCCACUGAUUCUCUGGCUCACGACAAAUGGCUUGACAUCGAUUACAUGCUCCUUGCAAGAAGUGCAGUGACAUGUGGCGCGUAUACGACUGCUCUUCUAUUCCUCGAACUCGCGGCGGAGUACCAGUCCUUGGACAUGGAUAAUACAGCAGGCACAGAACAUCUCCUUUUCGAAAUUUACAGCCACAUCGACGAACCCGAUGGAUUUUAUGGGAUCAAGACCGCUGAUCUACGGCAUUUCCUCAUCAAACGGUUUCAUCAUGAGAAGCAAUGGGAGAAAGCAUUUCGUUUCCACGGUGCUGCACUUGAGGCUGGAAGCCCUGAGGCAGUCGACACAGAUGGUCUGCUCAGUUCUUUCCAUGCCUUCGGCUUCGACCGUCUUGCUAUUGGCACUCUUCAGACGUCCCAGAUUGGCCUUGAUACGAGGAAUUCCUCAUCCGCCAUGUGCUUUCAGCUGGGUUGGCGUACUGAAACCUGGGACUUGCCUGACAAUACAGGAGACAGUUCCGGGGCCACGAUUUAUCAGGCGCUGCGAGCAGUGUAUAGGGAACGGGACCCGCGGGCAGUCGACGCCAUUGUUCGCAGCUCGCUUGACGAUGAAAUGACCCGCCUGCGGCAGCUCGGCACUGAGAACAUCUCAGGCAUCCGCGAGGUUGCUCGUAACAUAAUGUGUCUCGGUCAGAUUACUCAGUGGAGGAGUCAUUCUAUGCAGCAACAGCUUUCAAGCAAGUCAGAGGGUACUCACAAUCUGCUCAAGCUCGAUGAAAUUAAUCCCGACUUCGAAUUUACAGAUUUGGAACAGAUCCUUGCAACGAGGAUCUCAUUGGUACGGUCGGUCAGGCAGAAAGAAGAACGAAAGCAAAUUGGCAGUCUCACUACACCGUUCGUUCGUGGGAUUCUAGACAUCGAAAAGCGAUGCCUCGUUCGCCUAUCCAUUGCUGCUAGGAAAUCCAAUCAAUUGCAAGUGGCAUUGAACUCUAUCGUGAAAGCACAGCGGCUCGAGAGAAAUGCCAGCUUCGAAGUUGCUCGUGAAUUCGCCAACGUUCUGUGGCUCCAGAAGGAGCAAAAGUUGGCAGUGCAGUACCUCAAGGACUUGGUAGAUGGUCAGAACCUGGGUGCUGAUGGUGCAGUAGAAAAGGCGUUGUCGUUUGCUCGACUUGGAGACUGGAUCGCCGAGGCAUGUCUAGAAAAACCAACCGACAUCAAGCGCAAAUUCUUUGAUCCUGCCGUCGAGCUUGCCAUCGCAGCCGAGAAGCGGAUGGACGUUCGCGACCACGCAUGUGCCACUGUUUUCCGCAAGUGUGCACUUUUUGCAGACCAACAGUAUCAUUCGAUUUUGAAGUCGUCAGAUGCCAUGCGCUGGCACAUCUAUACAGAGCGCAAGAAACAGGAGGUCAGACAGAGAGAGAGCCAGCUGCAGAAAACUCCACAAGGAACAAAUGAGUACCUGGUAUUAGUUGAAGAACAGAAGAAGGCGAGAACUGUCCUAGCUGAAGAUUUGAAAGCCUAUGCGUCCCAUAUGGGGGCGCGAGACGCAUUCCUUGAGCUAGCUAUUGACAUGUACUCUCGCUGUCUGGCUUCCUCCGAUCGCUUUGAUGACGAUGGUCCCAUCCGCUUCUCGUCCCUUUGGUUUGCGAAUUUCGAUGACCUUGGCAUCCAGGGCAAGCUCAAAACCGCUCUCGAUCGCGUGCCCUCCCGCAAGUUUGUCUUCCUCUCUCAUCAACUAUCUGCUCGCAUGUCAAAAUCCUCGGCAGAGAUCCUGAAGAACCAGCAAAAUCUUCAAGGACUCGUCUUGCGCAUGUGUCAAGAGCAUCCUUUCCACAGCCUAUACCAGGUAUUCUGCUUACGUCCAGAGCAACCCCAUGGUGUGCGAAGGACUUCCUCACGAUUUGAGCUCCCAUCAUCGCAGUCGGAUCGCGGUGGAGCUGCGAGCGCCAUCUUCGAUAGGCUGCUCAGCGAUCCCACACAAACAGCGAGGAUCCGAUCGAUCGAGCAGGUCUGUAACGCUUCUCUGGAAUGGGCCAAAUAUCCCGCCAAGCAUCCUACGAUAAAGAAAACCAAUAACGGGCUACUCAUUCCCGAUGCCUUGCCCAUUCGGAAGCUGCGCGAUGUCCAGGUUCCUGUCAUCACCUGCCGUACACCCAUCGAUCCAACCCUCAAGUACAACGAUUGUAUCUGGAUCAGUCGCUACCACCCAGAAUUCACUACAGCCGGGGGAGUCAACCUCCCAAAAAUCAGCAUCUGCUAUGGGAGCAAUGGGGAGCAGUUCAAGCAGCUCUUUAAAGGCGAGGGCAACGACGAUAUGCGGCAGGAUGCUGUCAUGGAGCAAGUUUUCCACCUGUGCAACAUGGUGCUGCGCUACGAUAAAGAGACUCGAAGACGGAAUCUUAAUGUCCGCGAUUACAAAGUUCUACCUCUCGCCACCCAAGCCGGAGUCAUCGAAUUCGUAGGCAACACCAUCCCCCUCCAAAAAUGGCUCCAGGAAGCGCACAACAGGUACCGUCCUGGCGACAUGAAACAUGUACAGAUCCUAACGAUGUUAAAACAAACGCGCGAGAAAAAUGGCGGAAAGACCGAAGCUAUGGUCAAAGCCUUUCAACUAAUAUGCCAACGAACCCAACCGGUGAUGAGGCACUACUUUACCGAAAAGCAUAAAACCCCCAUCACCUGGUUCGCUAUGCGUCUCAACUACACUCGCAGCGUCGCUACCACUUCCAUCGUGGGGCAUAUUCUAGGUCUCGGGGAUCGCCAUGUGCAGAAUAUAUUGAUUGAUAAUGGGUCGGGAGAGGUGGUGCAUAUCGAUUUAGGGAUCGCUUUUGAUCAGGGAAAACUGUUGCGUAUCCCAGAAAGAGUACCAUUCCGAAUGACGCGGGAUAUGGUCGAUGGGAUGGGGAAGUGCGGGACGCAAGGCGUGUUCCAGCGCUGCGCAGAAGAAACCCUGCGUGUGUUGCGUGACAGGUCAGACGUCAUACUUACAGUUCUUGAGGUGUUCAAACACGACCCGCUGCAUUCUUGGACAGCGAGCGAGCUUAAGAUUAAAAAGGUGCAAGACAACACAGCGGAGCCUACCCGAGUUGCCCGGGAUGUGUCCCGCUUCGGUGCCAUCGCCAUAGACCUACAGAGCGGGUCAGCAGACGAAGCUGCUGAUCGUGCGCUUGCAGGCGUCGCGCGCAAGCUGGACAAGGCUUUGAGCGUAGAGUAUACGGUCAACGAACUCAUAGCGGAAGCCACAGACAUAGUGAACUUGGCGACUAUUUACCAAGGAUGGAGUCCCGACUACUGA